GUCGAAGCUUCAAGGACCACCCCUCACAUCUCGAUACCUUUCCCUUCUCAAGCUCCUUUCUCUGAGCCGGCCUGUGGAGGUUCUUCGCCAUCAUGGCGCCAGCAAAGGAUACCAUGUUCCGCUCGGUGGACAUGAGCAUGGUGCAACUGUACGUCGCCAACGAGAUAGGCAGGGAGGUCAUCAACGCUUUGGGCGAGAUUGGACAGAUCCAAUUCCGCGACCUUAACUCGGAAACGUCGGCCUUCCAACGUACCUUCACACAGGAGAUCCGGCGGUUGGAUAACGUGGAGCGACAGCUUCGCUACUUUCACUCACAGAUGGAGAAGGCUGGAAUUCCUCUACGAAAACUGGAUUUGGAUAUCGAGUCCCUGGCUGCGCCAUCUACCUCCGAAAUCGACGAGCUCUCCGAUCGAAGCCAAAGCCUCGAGCAAAGGGUCGCCUCGCUAAACGAUAGCUACGAGACGCUGAAGAAGAGAGAGGUGGAGCUGAUUGAGUGGAGAUGGGUGUUGAAAGAGGCUGGAGGAUUCUUUGACAGGGCGCAUGGCAAUGUUGAUGAACUUCGGACGUCUAUCGAUCAGGAUGACGAUGCGCCUCUACUCCAGGAUGUGGAACAGCACCCACAAAAUGGCGACGCUGGCGAGCGAUCUCUUUCGAUCAUGAACAUCGGCUUUGUUUCCGGUGUCAUCCCUCGCGAACGUGUUGCAGCUUUCGAGAGGAUCCUGUGGCGUACGCUCCGCGGCAACUUAUAUAUGAACCAGUCCGAGAUCCCCGAAACCCUCGUCGACCCGACCAACAACGAAAGCGUGGAUAAGAAUGUCUUCGUCAUUUUUGCUCACGGAAAGGAGAUUAUCGCAAAGAUCCGCAAGAUCUCCGAGUCCCUGGGAGCCGAUUUAUACGCUGUGGACGAGAACAGCGACCUCCGCCGAGACCAGAUUCACGAAGUCAACACUCGACUCAGUGAUCUUGGCAGCGUCCUGCGAAACACGAAGCAAACCCUCGAUGCUGAGUUGACACAGAUCGCUCGCAGCUUGGCCGCUUGGAUUGUGAUCAUCAAGAAGGAGAAGGCUGUUUAUGAAACGCUCAACCUCCUAUCCUAUGAUCAUGCAAGGAAGACGCUUAUUGCGGAAGCUUGGUGCCCGUCAAACUCCCUCCCUCAGAUCAAGGCCGCCCUUCAAGAUGUCAACAACCGGGCCGGUCUAGCUGUCCCAUCUAUCAUCAAUGAGAUUAGGACAAACAAGACACCACCGACUCUCCAAAAGACGAACCGAUUCACGGAGGGCUUCCAGACCAUUAUCAACGCUUAUGGUACUUCGAAGUAUCACGAAGUCAACCCUGGACUUCCUACUAUCGUCACCUUCCCAUUCCUCUUCGCCGUCAUGUUCGGUGAUCUUGGACAUGGCUUCAUCAUGUUCUGUGCGGCAGCUGCCAUGAUCUACUGGGAAAAGCCACUGAAGAAGGUUCGGGACGAACUGUUCACGAUGGCUUACUAUGGACGCUAUAUCAUGCUUAUGAUGGGAAUCUUCUCUAUGUAUACCGGUCUCAUUUACAACGAUAUCUUUUCGCGAUCGAUGUCCCUCUUCUCGUCUGCAUGGGAAUGGCCUACAGACUUCAAGAAAGGGGAUACGGUCGUAGCGCAUCUGAAUCGCGAUGGACACAGAUACCCGUUCGGUCUUGACUGGAUGUGGCACGGAGCUGAGAACGAGCUUCUUUUUGCAAACAGUUACAAGAUGAAGCUCAGUAUCCUCAUGGGUUGGUGCCACAUGACCUACUCCCUGUGCCUCUCCUAUAUCAACGCCCGUCGCUUCAAGUCCCCGAUCGAUAUUUGGGGUAACUUCAUCCCGGGCAUGAUCUUCUUCCAAUCCAUCUUCGGAUACCUUGUGUUCACCAUCGUCUACAAGUGGUCAACCGAUUGGUACCCGCUUGCACCCGACGACUGGCCUGCCGGCGUGCAAGCGCCUAACCACAGGAACCCACCUGGACUCUUGAAUAUGUUGAUCUACAUGUUCCUCCAACCCGACAAGAUUGAUGUGCCUUUAUACGGUGACGGAACGUACCAGAAGAUCAUUCAGAACUUCCUCGUUGUCAUUGCUAUUAUCCAGGUCCCCAUCCUCCUCUUCCUCAAGCCGUUUUAUCUGCGCUGGGAGCAUAACCAGGCCCGCGCCAAGGGUUACCGCGGAAUCGGCGAGACGUCGCGCAUCAGCGCUCUCGAUGGAGACGAUGAUGACCGUCGUGCUAGCAUUGCUAGUGAGACGGAGGGUGUCGAUAUGAUUACUCAGGGCAUUGACAAUGACGGUGAAGGCCACGAAGAGUUCGAGUUUGGCGAAGUCAUGAUCCACCAAGUUAUCCACACUAUUGAAUUCUGCCUUAACUGCGUUUCCCACACGGCGUCCUACCUGCGUCUCUGGGCUCUCUCGCUCGCUCAUCAACAGCUUUCCCUUGUUUUGUGGUCCAUGACUCUUAACAACGGGUUGACCUCAACCGGUAUCGGCGGAGUUAUCACCCUUGUCAUAACAUUCUACAUGUGGUUCUUCCUCAGUGUCUGCGUGCUCGUCGUCAUGGAGGGCACGAGCGCCAUGUUGCAUUCGCUGCGUCUGCACUGGGUCGAGGCGAUGAGCAAGCACUUCAUGGGUGAUGGAAUUGCGUUCGAGCCGUUCAGCUUCCGGCAGAUGCUGGAGGAGGACGAGGAGGUGAAGGAGUUCAGUUAGAGGGAUACGCGGCGCAUGUAACAAUAUAUACACUGUCUUUGGAUUUUCCUUAUGUUGCCCUAGCGGCGUGUAGUAGAUGUUAUGAAUUGGAGAAAGAUACGCUAGUC